AUGCCCUGCAUGCCUACCCUCAGUCGCACACACAGCUGGUCAUCUCUCCGCUUGGACGCUCCGGCCUUCCUAGCCGCCUCUUCCUCCUGCAACUCCGCCAGCUGUUGCCACUCGCCAACUCAGCACCCAAAAGCCUUCGCCUGUUCGACGCCCCACUGCCAGAGACUCCAACAGCGCCCACUGAACCGUCCCCCCCACGGGCGCCUCUCCUCCUCUGCCGCUCCUGCGCCAGCUGCUUCAGCCGCUGCUUCAUCGCCCAGUACUGGCUCUUCUGCCCGCCCCCUCCUUGCCCACGCAUUCCCUGCCCGUCCCUUCCCUGUGAACUUCCUCCCUGCCCGUCCCUUCCCUGUGAACUUCCUCCCUGCCCGUCCCUUCCCUGUGAACUUCCUCCCUGCCCGUCCCUUCCCUGUGAACUUCCUCCCUGCCCGUCCCUUCCCUGUGAACUUCCUCCCUGCCCGUCCCUUCCCUGUGAACUUCCUCCCUGCCCGUCCCUUCCCUGUGAACUUCCUCCCUGCCCGUCCCUUCCCUGUGAACUUCCUCCCUGCCCGUCCCUUCCCUGUGAACUUCCUCCCUGCCCGUCCCUUCCCUGUGAACUUCCUCCCUGCCCGUCCCUUCCCUGUGAACUUCCUCCCUGCCCGUCCCUUCCCUGUGAACUUCCUCCCUGCCCGUCCCUUCCCUGUGAACUUCCUCCCUGCCCGUCCCUUCCCUGUGAACUUCCUCCCUGCCCGUCCCUUCCCUGUGAACUUCCUCCCUGCCCGUCCCUUCCCUGUGAACUUCCUCCCUGCCCGUCCCUUCCCUGUGAACUUCCUCCCUGCCCGUCCCUUCCCUGUGAACUUCCUCCCUGCCCGUCCCUUCCCUGUGAACUUCCUCCCUGCCCGUCCCUUCCCUGUGAACUUCCUCCCUGCCCGUCCCUUCCCUGUGAACUUCCUCCCUGCCCGUCCCUUCCCUGUGAACUUCCUCCCUGCCCGUCCCUUCCCUGUGAACUUCCUCCCUGCCCGUCCCUUCCCUGUGAACUUCCUCCCUGCCCGUCCCUUCCCUGUGAACUUCCUCCCUGCCCGUCCCUUCCCUGUGAACUUCCUCCCUGCCCGUCCCUUCCCUGUGAACUUCCUCCCUGCCCGUCCCUUCCCUGUGAACUUCCUCCCUGCCCGUCCCUUCCCUGUGAACUUCCUCCCUGCCCGUCCCUUCCCUGUGAACUUCCUCCCUGCCCGUCCCUUCCCUGUGAACUUCCUCCCUGCCCGUCCCUUCCCUGUGAACUUCCUCCCUGCCCCAACUCUCUCUGCAAGCCUCCGUCAGUGCUCUGAGCGCCCGUGCCUACCGCACUGA